CUAUUCUUUUUUUUUUUUUUUUUUCUUAACACAAAAAAGUAAAUUAAAAAAAUGGCUGAAGAUCUUUUUAAUGUGCCAAUUUUCUUUAUUCUCUUUCGUGAGACGACAGAGGCAGCCAUUAUUGUGUCUGUUCUCUUGUCAUUUUUAAAGAAAAUGUUCCCUACUGAAUCACCAGUUUACAAGCGUCUUCGUAAGCAAAUUUGGCUCGGAUCUGCUGCUGGUCUGUUUAUUUGUAUAUGUAUUGGUGCUGCUUUCAUUGCUGUUUAUUACACUGUCUUGAACGAUCUUUGGGGUAAUUCCGAAGAUAUUUGGGAAGGUGUCUUUUCUCUGGUUGCUGUCAUCAUGAUUACUGUAAUGGGUCUUGCUAUGCUUAAGACUGAACGUAUGCAAGAAAAGUGGAAAGUCAAGUUAGCUCUUGCCAUGGCCAAGAAGGAUGAUGGAACCAAAUCUACCUGGAAGGAAAAAGUUCAAAAGUAUGCCUUCUUCUUCUUGCCCUUCAUUACUGUCUUAAGAGAAGGUCUUGAAGCUGUUGUCUUUAUUGGUGGUGUCUCCUUGGGUAUCCAAGGUAAAUCUAUUCCCAUUGCUGCUAUUAUGGGUAUCGUCUGUGGUGUCUUGGUAGGUUUCAUUAUCUACCGUGGUGGUUCUUUGAUUCAACUUCGCUGGUUCUUUGUUGCCUCAACCAUCAUUCUCUAUCUCGUCGCUGCUGGUUUAAUGUCCAAGGGUGUUGGUUAUCUUGAACAAAACGCUUGGAAUGUUGUCAUUGGUGGUGAAGCUGCCGAUGUCAUUGGUUACAGAGUCACUACUUCUAUCUGGCACGUCUCUUGGGGAGACCCAGAGAACAAUGUCAGCUCUAACGGUGGUUGGCAAAUCUUUAAUGCCAUUCUUGGUUGGAACAACACCGCCACCUAUGGUACCAUCAUUAGUUACUGUCUCUAUUGGUUGUUUGUCAUUGGUUACCUUGCCUACAGUUACUUUAAGGAGAAGCGUGAUGCUAUCCGUAAGGCCGAAGCUGGUGAAUUCGAUAUGGGUGAUGCUGCUUUGGAACACGCUAAGCAAUUCAUUGAUGAAACUGGUGAGAUCCGUACCGAUUACGUUGAUGUCGAGAGCAAGGAGCAUCAUGUUGAAACCAUUGAUACCAACGGUGUCAAGCACUAAUACCAACAUCACUCGCUUUCACAUCUUAAAAAAAAAAUCAAAAAAAAAACCCUCACUUUAUCUCUAUAGAAACUUAUUUACUACUACACACCCCCACACACACACUUUUUACAUACUUGUUAUAUUCGUGGUAAUGCCACACAUUAUUCUUAUUUUUUUUCCCCACUCCUCUUUUUUAUCAUAUUUUUUUUUCUUCUCUGUAAUGUUAUUAAUAUCAUUUUGAUUCUCAUGUCAAAUUUUCCAAACAUAAAAAAAAAAAUCUUUAUUUCAUUUA